AUGGACCUCAGUCACCUGAUUCGCUCACAAGUGGUGCUGUCCGCUGCCUUCUUCCCUCCACCUCCCGCACCCUCGCCCCAGGCUGAGAACCGUAGGAGGCUGACAGGGGCCAGCCCGUCGCUGGUCGACCUCGCCGCCAAGGUGGUGGCCGUCAACUUUGAACUGUACCAGGACUGCUGGGUCCCUAAACCGUUGCAUGUGCACCUCCAAAAGUUCAUGGAGCCGAAAGCCCAGCGCCAGAUGCUCGAUGCUGUGAAGAAGUACCACCCCAACGGGAACGUCAAGUCCAACAAGGAGUUCGACGACGAGGGCCAACUGCACGGCAAGAUGGAGGAGUGGUAUGCCAACGGCCACAAAUGUCGUGAGGAGUGCUACGAGCACGGGGUGCUGAACGGAGAGGCGCGCUGGUGGCACGAAGCGGGCGGGUUGUGGACCCAGCAGCACUUCCUCAACGGGCACAGGCACGGCAAGUGCGUGUGGUACUACCCAAGCGGGAAGCCGCACAGGAUUGUGAACUACAAGAACGGGCUCAAGGACGGCCAUUGCGAGACCUACUACCCCAACGGCUUGAAGUGCGAGGAGGGCCAGUACCAGGACGACCAGGAGGUGGGCCAGUGGCGCAAGUGGUCCCGCAUGGGCCACUUCCUCGGCUGCAGCGAGCCCUCCACCAUCGACCACCCGCUGCCCGGCCCCAGCACCAACUGA